UGAGGCUGAAGUGGAGCUAGCAGGAACAGCACCAUGGCUAUGAUCAAGCUGCAGAAUGUGGAGGACUUUUACGAAAUUGGAGAGAUGUUGGGGAGUGGCCACUACGGGCAGGUGCGCCUGGUGCGUGAGCGCGCGACGGACGCCCGCUGGGCGGGCAAGUUCCUGAAGCUUCGUCGCAGCGCGAGCAGCCGCCUGGGUCUGGAGCGCAAGAGUGUGGAGCGCGAGGUGGAGAUACUACAGGCCCUGGAGCACGGCAACAUCAUGGCACUCAGAGACGUGUUCGAGAGCAAGGCAGAGGUGGUGCUCAUCGUGGAACUGAUUGGUGGUGGGGAGCUGUUUGACUUCAUUGCCGAGAAGGAGGAGCUGUCAGAGAACCAGGCCAUUGAGUUUAUGAAGCAGAUCCUGAAGGGCGUUGGAUUCAUGCACGGCAAGAACAUCGCUCACUUUGACCUCAAGCCGGAGAACAUCAUGCUGUUGGAUAAGGAGCAGGAGCAUCCCCACAUCAAGAUCAUCGACUUCGGCCUUGCCCACCGCUUCACCCAGGGGGAGGAGUACAAGAGCCUGUGUGGCACACCGCAGUAUAUAGCCCCUGAAGUGAUAAACUUUGAGACUCUGAGCUCAGCUGCGGAUAUGUGGAGCCUUGGAGUGAUCACGUACAUUUUGCUGAGCGGCUUGUCGCCGUUCCAGGGGGACACGGAUGAGGAGACGCUGCGCAACAUCGUGGCCAUGAACUACGAGUUUGAGGAGCAGUACUUCAGCCAGACCAGCGCCAUGGCCAAGGACUUCAUCGAGAAGCUGCUCAUCAAGGACCCAAUUGAAAGAAUGACAGCAGACGAAUGCCUACUCCACCCCUGGAUCAAGCCUCUGACGCGUAAGCAGGCAGCCAAUAGGAGCCGAUCCUCCAUCAACAUGAAGAACUUCAAGAAGUUUAACGCCAGGAGGAAGUGGAGGAUGUCCUACAACAUGGUGUGGGCCUGCAACAGACUCUGCCGCCUACAGCUACUGUGCAAGUCCAGUUCCAAAGACGAUGAGCUGAGGGGAUGUGAGAGUGAUCAGGAGGACACGGAGACCAAGCCAGCCUCACUGAUCCGCCGCCGGCUCAGCAGCAGCUCCUAGAGAUGACCACUAGAGGGCGCUACUCCACAAGAUCUCCAUAGACUUCACUGCAGUCUGGCAACUAGUUACUACUCUGCAAGAUCUCCGUAGACUUCACUGCAAUCUGGCAACUAGUUACUACUCUGCAAGAUCUCCGUAGACUUUACUGCAAUCUGGCAACUAGUUACUACUCUGCAAGAGACUUCACUGCAGUCUCACAACUAGUUACUACUGUGCAAGAGCUUAUUUUGCUGCAAGUUCAACUCAAGUGCCACCCAAACACACACCCAGUCUGAUUCAUGUAUCAGAUCAGAGCCCAUUUGGACAUUUGUAACUCUUGCCUUUUAGUGAAGAGAGCAGCACUCUUGGAGAUUGAAGUUAUGGCAACCGUGUAAAUGUUGGGCUGAGUCGGGUUGGGGCUCGAGAUAAGAAGGUUUUUUAAAAAGUUUUUUUUUGUCUUUUUCAACUUUUUUCGACUUUUGAGAGGUGGACAGGAAGCGAAUUGGAAGAGAGAUAGGGAGGGGUCGGCAAAGGACCCGGCCCGGGAAUCGAACACGGGUCAGCCGCAUGGCAGGCGAGUGCCCUACCGGUUGGCCACGGCAGGGCCGAGAUAAGAAGGUUUUUAUUGUGGUGCUUCUCAUCGUUUCUGCACCUUAUUUUUAGAAACCAAAUCUGAGCUAUCGGGAUAAAGAAUGUCCUUCCAUAAAAAAGCCACAUCAGUAUUUUUUGUUUUGUUUGAUAGUUUUGCAGCGUCAUCUUGACACACACACACACACACACACACACACACACACACACACACACACACACACACACACACACACACACACACACACACACACACACACACACACAGAGAGAGAGAGACACAGACACACACACACACACACACACACACACACACACACACACACACACACACACACACACACACACACACACACACACACACACACACACACACACACACACACACACACACACAAACUCAAACGCCCUCAGACAGAUACACAGUGCAAACUGUUUAUUUAAGGGGCCACUUGAAGUUAUUGCUUUUGAUUGAUAUGGAGUAGGGAAAGCCAAAAUAUGUAAGUGUUGUCUUGGCAACAGAGUGGGGUUAAAAGAGGAAACUGUUUACAUGGUUUUCAAUGUUUCUCAUGCUCUCUCUACUUGCACAGUAAAUUUUACAGUGUUAAAAUAACACUUAAAGAGUUACAAUCAACACUGUUCUAGUGUCUAUUUGGUCCUGCUCCAGAUCAGUGUUAAACACUGGUGUUAGAUUUGUAGUGUUAAGCUAACACUAUAAAGAGUAAAGCAGUUUCGGGGAGCAUACAAUGGCGCAGACAAACUCCAUCACCUCAAGGAGGCGGGGGCUCUCUGGAGUACUUCUAACUCCACACAAUUCAACAACUUCAUUUGUCACUGACACUGGAGAGCAUCUCACUCCAUUUGGUGUUGGAAUUACUCCAAUAGUGUUAAUAAGCCUUAACACUGCAAAAUUAACACUGGCAAAUUUACUGUGUGGGCUGUAACGAUACAGUCAACUCACGAUUCGGUUCGUAUUGCAAUUUUUGACCAACAGUCCGAUACACACCACAAUGUUUUAAAUGCAUCUUUUUGAUGAUCGUUUAUAACAACGUAGGUUACAAGAGGUUACUGAUAAUGCAAAACAAGCUUAAAAAUAAUAAGGAUAUUAAUGUGAAGCUUGGAAGCACCAUCACAUCAUAUCGUGUGGUUGUUUUCUGAACUGAAGGAUAACAGAACUUUGAAAGGGUGUAUCAUGAUACAAGUUUCAAAGUGAGAGGUCCGCACACUUAAAAUCCUUUUUGUUUUCUUUAAUUAUUUCUUUACCUUCAACUGUAUCAUGAUACUGCCUUCUUGCAUCACGAUACAGUAUUGUGAUUGUGACUCUGUGUAUCACGAUUUCUCGGUUCGAUACAUUAUUGUUACAAUAUCAUUACAGCCCUACUCACUGCCUCUCGUGGUAGUAUAGUGGCAGCAUCAAGCCAAAACUGAGAGCAAAGAGAGACUUUUUCAUUGCAUGUGUUUUUAUACAUUUUUUUUAAACAAGGAAGCUGAUGGAUGUCCUAAUUAAGCUGUUUUUUUACCCCCUCUCUGAAAACAUCUUUGUGUUUUUUAAACUUUAUUGUAACUUUUAGAAAUAGGUUUUUAAAUGUAUUGCAAUUUUUUUAGAGUGAUGUUGCUGUGUACCUUAGUCAAAGACUUAAUGGAAUGACUGAAUAAAUGUGUCUUUU